AUGCUGUUCUCCCACAACCGCGCUUCCGGCAGGACCGCCAACUUUACCUCUGAUGACGACCGUCGCCCCUUGCUCACGCCCUCCUCCCGCCCAAGUAGGGUAACCGGCAACCCGUACUUGCGAGGCCUGCACCAGCAUCCCGGUCCUCGCCAGCGCUCGACAGGUCCUCGCCAGCGCCCGACAGCUCCCCGUGAGCGCUGGAUAGGUCCUCGCGAGCGCGUGAUCCGCAUGUACGCUGAACGUGCGGCGGAACUAAAGCGCACGCAUGGCACACACCGCGACGGCCGCCAACAUCAGCAAUCUUUACAUCUGCGAUCUUCCCGCGCGACUCCGGCACGUGGCAACGCUUACGCAGGCCCUCCGCCUUCUUAUGUGCAACCCACCGCUCGUCGUUCUCUAAGCAUCAACACGAACGGGUCUAGACAGCCGACACCGCCUCUACGAUACUCUAGACGUCCGGAUCGAAAUAGUACACGGCUACGUGUGAGCUCGUCAGAUGCCGGUGAUGCUUCGGAACAACGCCACCUCGAUCACCGCCCGCAUGCUCCUCAGCCAAACGGAAAUUCCACUCGCAACGUGGGUCAUGUCAUUACAGACGAACACAACAUCUAUGCGUACAUCGGCUCAAACGGCGAACAGAAUAACUCGACCAUUCCUCGCCAAUACGACGGACCCCCAAGGCGCACCCGUUCUUCCAACGGAGACUCGACCACUGCGGCUCCCUCGAACAAUCAAGACCCUUCCCCCGAAGACGAAGAUGAGCCACCGCCGGCAUAUUCCGGUGCUGUGGCGCCAAAGCGUUCGUCGCGAGGUUGUCUUGGGCAUCGCUUGAAGCGCGCCGCUGUGGUCUUCGCUAAAGCAGGCCUCAUAACAGCUGUGGGGCGCAGCUAUCGAGCCGAGCGCCGGGAUUCGGACCGGAGGUGA